CCUCGUCUCACUCCCAGGAACGAGCUCUCCGAAAGAUGGAUAUUUUGGUCUAUCUCUAAAGGAGUUGCAUAUAUCGAGUGGUGCUUUUAUACGGUGUAUAAUGGAUUACCUGUAAAAACAAGCAAACCAAAAACGUGCUAGUGUUUGCAGUCGCCCAGUCGGCGGAAGGCGCAUCUUUGGUGGUUGCAAACAACCCUCUCCCGCGGGCGACACACACACGCCUGGGUGAAGAAAGCCUCCCACCUUCUCGAAAGAAAGGGAAGAGCAGGAGGGCAGACGCACACCGUGACGUGGCCAAAGGAACGACUACACUGGGCCCAGCUAAGUGCUCACAGCCUUCCUCCCUUCUAGUCUGCAAACUUUCUGUAGACCACAUGUUCAAAAGCUGCCUCCAGCUCCCGCGCCGGGCGUCCGGGCAAACAAACCACGCCCCGGUGCGCUCCCCACAAACCCCGAAGGGGGCAGCGGGGGGAGCUUCCCUCGUAGCCAGCUUUCCCCGAGUCCGUGUUCUUUUCCCCAAACGGAGAUUCGCUAAAAUUCCAAGCCAAAGAAAACCAGAGAGAUGCCAUCGGUUCUCUCAGUGCUAGGUCACCAAGCCGGCAGCUGGUCCCCGUCGCCCUCCCCUGCAGUCCCUAGCUCAGGGCAGGUUGGGCGGCCGGACUCCGUGGCGAAAGUGCGGAGGCGGAGCGGGCGCCGGAGGAGGAGGUGGAGGGCGGCCGGCGGACGCCGGGAAGCACGUGGGACGUGUCUAACAUGGCGGCUGGAUUCAAAACAGUGGAACCCUUGGAGUAUUAUAGGAGAUUUUUGAAAGAGAACUGCCGUCCAGAUGGAAGGGAGCUUGGGGAAUUCAGGACUACUACUGUCAACAUAGGUUCAAUUACUACUGCAGAUGGUUCUGCUUUAGUGAAGUUGGGAAAUACAACAGUAAUUUGUGGAGUUAAAGCGGAGUUUGCAGCACCCCCAGUAGAUUCACUCAAUAAAGGUUAUAUUGUUCCAAAUGUGGAUCUGCCACCUCUGUGCUCAUCAAGAUUUCGUUCUGGACCUCCUGGGGAAGAGGCCCAAGUGGCUAGUCAGUUCAUUGCUGAUGUGAUUGAAAAUUCACAGAUAAUACAGAAGGAAGAUUUGUGCAUUUCUCAUGGAAAGCUUGCAUGGGUUCUAUAUUGUGAUCUUAUCUGCCUUGACUAUGAUGGGAACAUCUUGGACGCCUGCACAUUUGCUUUGUUAGCAGCUUUAAGAAAUGUUGAAUUGCCAGCAGUUACAAUAAAUGAAGAAACUGGCUUAGCUGAAGUUAAUGUAAAAAAGAAAAGUCACCUGAAUAUUAGAACACAUCCAAUUGCCACAUCAUUUGCUAUAUUUGAUGACACUUUACUCAUAGUUGACCCUACGGGAGAAGAGGAACAUCUGGCAACAGGAACUUUAACAGUCGUAAUGGAUGAGGAAGGCAAACUGUGUUGUCUACACAAACCAGGUGGAAGUGGGCUAACUGGAGCUAAACUUCAGGACUGUAUGAGUCGGGCAAUUACAAGACACAAAGAAGCAAAGAAACUGAUGGAUGAAGUAAUUAAGAGUAUGAAACCAAAAUAAACAGCCAGCACAUAUUUUUCAAAAUGGAUUUGUAAAAAUUGUAUUUGUUACAGUGCUCACAAAUCUUUUAUACUAAAUAAACAAAUAUCAAUACUA